AUGAAUCAGGCUCAAUCAAGUUGGCAAUACAAGACGCUUUCGGCUGGUGCAUCUGCUCUUGAAAGUAGCACAUCGGAAGCUCAUCCAAGCGGGAGCAGGAGUUACGACAAUUAUUAUUACAAUGCACAAAGUGCUGGGUUUGACGUUGGAAGUGAAAGCCGAGGAUCUCGUACAAUAUGCGUUACGAAUUUGGAUCCUAGUAUUGCUGAUCCUUUCCUUAAUGUUUAUUUUGGAGAAGUCGGUGAGGUGACUAGGACUAGAAUCAAUCUUGAGGAUUAUUGCCUACCACACGCUUUUGUCGAAUUUGUUGACUCAAGCUCUGCCACAGAAGCUGCUCAAAAAUUGAAUGGUGCUAAGAUGCUCGACCAGGAUAUUUCUGUGAAGAUUCUGGGUAAACCCUCGGAGAAAGAUCGGACGGAAGCUUCACAACAUUUUCAGGUGUUUGUUGGUGACCUCACGUAUGAAGUUGACAAUCAGGUGCUUCGGGAUGCAUUUGCUGUUUUUGGCAAUAUAUCCGAUGCAAAAGUGAUAAUUGAUCCACUAACUCAAAGACCGAAGGGGUAUGGUUUUGUGUCGUAUUCCACAAAAGAGGAAGCUGAACGAGCUAUUGAGCAAAUGAACGGCGCGUGGCUGGGACAUCGUCAGAUACGGACCAACUGGGCUAAUCGUCGAAUAGAACCUACUGAAAUACAUCAUAAGCGGCGUGAACUUAAUUAUAGCGAAAUAUACAGCAAAACAGGGCCUGAUAACUGCUCAGUUUACGUUGGGAAUCUCGAUAGCUCUGUAAAUGAUGAUGAACUACGUCGGUUGUUUGACCAGUAUGGGAAAAUUAUGGAAAUUCGCCUUCACAAAGUUAAAAGUUGUGCUUUUAUUAGGUUUGAUAAGAAAGAGUCUGCAUGCUCUGCUAUAAUUGAGAUGAAUAAUGAAGAAAUUAAUGGUCGGAUCAUUCGAUGUUCGUGGGGAAAGUUCUAA